UGUGAGAUUGGCAUCCCAGGGGUGUGAGUUAAAGUGGUCAGUUUAGAACUGGAUCUUGCAAUGCAUGGGGAGGCAGUAGAGUUGUUUGAUCAUGGAACUAAUUUGGUCUUGUCUUCCCACCCCCAAAAAUGCUCACUUAACCGAAACAGGAGUCUCCAAUGACUUCAAGAUUUUUCUUUUCUGAAUGGCCUUGUCUAGAAGAGUUUUCACUGUUGCUAAUAUUGCUGCAUUAGCCAUGUGAGGAAGUGUAAGUGUAGUCUGACUCUGCCAGCCAUUUUCAGCACUGUGUCAACUGGGCUCGCUUAAAUAAGCUGAUGCUGAAAAUGGCUGCUACAGCCAGAAAGCUCUCUACACUAGGGCUCCUAACAUUGCAAUGGUGGCAAUCUUUUGUAAACAUUCCCUAGUAUAGACCUAGCCUAUGCAUAUAAUCAGCACCAGUUGCUGUUUGUGUUUAAUUUUUCAGAGUUCAGCCAGAGUCAGGGUUCAUCUUAAUAAGGUGUCAAUUUUUACUGGGAGCUGGAAACAAUGUUUUUGCUGUGCUGGCCCUCCGCAAACAAAAUCUUCAAUAAGUAUAAAUGUAAACAACAUUGAGCCAGAGGACUCUGCUGAGGAGGCAGAAGAAAUAAAACAGCAAAUUGCAGAAGAUCCAUUCUGCGCUGAUGUCCAGGUGCAAACUUCCUAUGUCGAAAUACCACCAGGAGAUAAGUGGCGUUGGUCGCGAUUACAAACAGAAGCCCAGGUGCAAACCUCAAAUCUUGAACUACCAGGCGAAGAGACUUUCCUCCCGUUUGAAAGUGAGGCCCAGGUACAAACCUCAGAUCUUGAAAUAUCAGAGGAGGAGACUUCAUUCCCAUCACAAAUGGAGGCCCAGGUGCAAACAUCAUAUAUUGAAGUACUAGAUACGGAGACUUUAUUCCCCAUAGAAAGUGAGCCCCUGGAGCAGACCCCAGAUCUUGACUUUCAAGACAUGCAGGUGAAGAAUUUAUUCCCAUUAUUUGUUGAAGUUGAAGUGCAAACCUCAUAUGUAGACAUACCAGCAGGGAAUAAGUGGCGUUCGACACGACUACAAGCCGAGGCCCAAGUGCAAACCUCAAGUCAUGAAUUAUUAAAGACACUUUCUUCCCUCUCACAAAAGGAAGCCCAGGUGCAAACCUCCAAAAUUUCAGUAACAGGAACAGAGGAAGUGCCUCUUUCCCCAUCACAAAUCGAGGCCCAGGUGCAAACCUCCAAACUUUCAAUAACAGGAACAGAGGAAGUGCCUCUUUCUCCAUCACAAAUUGAGGCCCAGGUGCAAACAUCCAAACUUUCAAUAACAGGAAUAGAGGAAGUGCCUCUUUUCCCAUCACAAACCGAGGUCCAGGUGCAAACUUCAAAACUUGCAUUAACAGAAGCAGAAGAGGAGACGGCCCCAUUCCUGGUAGAAGAAAAGCCUGUCCCCACAACCCAAAGUGAAGCUGCUGUGCAAACCUCAUAUGUGGACAUACCAGCAGGGAAUAAGUGGCGUUUGUCACGGCUACAAACUGAGGCCCAGGUGCAAACCUCAAGCAUUGAGUUACUGAAGAGGCUUUCUUCCCCCUCACUAACUGAGGCCCAGGUGCAAACGUCAAAACUUGCAGUAACAGAAGCAGAGGACGUGCCUCUUUCCCCCUCACUAACCGAGGCCCAGGUGCAAACCUCCAAACUUGCAGUAACGGAAGCAGAGGAGGAGGAAGAGGCCCCAUUCCCAAUAGAAGAAAAGUCUCUCACCAAACCUGUAGCUGACGUUGCUGUGCAAACCUCAUAUGUAGACAUACCAGUAGGGAAUAAAUGGCGUUCGUCACGGUUACAAGCUGAGGCUCAGGUGCAAACCUCAAGCAUUGAGUUAUUGAAGAAGUUUUCUUCCCUCUUACUAACUGAGGCCCAGGUGCAAACGUCAAGUAUUGAGUUAUUGAAGAAGCUUUCUUCCCCAUCAUUAACCGAGGCUCAGGUGCAAACCUCCAAACUUGCAGUAACAGAAGCAGAGGAAGUGCCUCUUUCCCCAUCACAAAUUGAGGCCCAGGUGCAAACCUCCAAACUUUCAAUAACAGGAACAGAGGAAGUGCCUCUUUUCCCAUCACAAACCGAGGUCCAUGUGCAAACUUCAAAACCUGCAUUAACAGAAGCGGAAGAGGAGACGGCCCCAUUCCUGGUAGAAGAAAAGCCUGUCCCCACAACCCAAAGUGAAGUUGCUGUGCAAACCUCAUAUGUAGAUAUACCAGUAGGGAAUAAAUGGCGUUCGUCACGGUUACAAGCUGAGGCCCAGGUGCAAACCUCAAGCAUUGAGUUACUGAAGAAGUUUUCUUCCCUCUUACUAACCGAGGCCCAGGUGCAAACGUCAAGUAUUGAGUUAUUGAAGAAGCUUUCUUCCCCAUCAUUAACCGAGGCCCAGGUGCAAACCUCCAAACUUGCAGUAACAGAAGCAGAGGAAGUGCCUCUUUCCCCAUCACAAAUUGAGGCCCAGGUGCAAACCUCCAAACUUUCAAUAACAGGAACAGAGGAAGUGCCUCUUUCCCCAUCACAAAUUGAGGCCCAGGUGCAAACCUCCAAACUUUCAAUAACAGGAAUAGAGGAAGUGCCUCUUUUCCCAUCACAAACCGAGGUCCAUGUGCAAACUUCAAAACUUGCAUUAACAGAAGCGGAAGAGGAGACGGCCCCAUUCCUGGUAGAAGAAAAGCCUGUCCCCACAACCCAAAGUGAAGCUGCUGUGCAAACCUCAUAUGUAGACAUACCAGUAGGGAAUAAAUGGCGUUCGUCACGGUUACAAGCUGAGGCCCAGGUGCAAACCUCAAGCAUUGAGUUACUGAAGAAGUUUUCUUCCCUCUUACUAACCGAGGCUCAGGUGCAAACCUCCAAACUUGCAGUAACAGAAGCAGAGGACGUGCCUCUUUCCCCCUCACUAACCGAGGCCCAGGUGCAAACCUCCAAACUUGCAGUAACAGAAGCAGAGGAAGAGGAGGAGGCCCCAUUCCCAAUAGAAGAAAAGUCUCUCACCAAACCUGUAGCUGACGCUGCUGUGCAAACCUCAUAUGUAGACAUACCAGUAGGCAAUAAAUGGCGUUCGUCACGGUUACAAGCUGAGGCCCAGGUGCAAACCUCAACCAUUGAGUUACUGAAGAAGUUUUCUUCCCUCUUACUAACCGAGGCCCAGGUGCAAACGUCAAGUAUUGAGUUAUUGAAGAAGCUUUCUUCCCCAUCAUUAACCGAGGCUCAGGUGCAAACCUCCAAACUUGCAGUAACAGAAGCAGAGAUGGCCUUUCCUUCCCCAUCACAAACUGAGGUUCACAUCCAGUCUUCAUAUUUUGAAGUACCAGAGUUGGAGGAUGAGAUGCCCGCUACCCCAAUCAAAGAGAAGCCCCUCCCAUUAACACUGACGGAGGCCCAGGUGCAAACUUCAUAUGUAGACAUACCAGCAGGGAACAAGUGGCAUUCGUCACGACUACAAGUUGAGGCCCAGGUGCAAACCUCCAGGCUUGAAUUGCCAGAGGCAAAAGAGAAGGCUCCUUCCCUGUCCCAAACACAGGCUGAGAUGCAAACCACGAGGGUUGAAAUAACAGAAGAGAAAGCAGUGCCUCCGACUCCCCCAGAUGUUAAAAUAUUAGCAGAGGAGACGCUGAAGGAGGAGGUAGAGCUGAAGCUUCCACACCCUGAAUAUGCCGAGGCCCAGGUGCAGACCUCGCGUGUUGAAAUACCUGUGGGGAACAAGUGGCGUUCGUCCCGUUUAUGUACAGAGGCCCAGGUACAAACUUCAUAUCAAGAACUCCCAGUUGUGAAGAGCAAGACUUUGCCGCCACAAGGUACUGGGGUGGCAAAGAAGGUCACUGAGCGUGCAGCAUCAAAGAAACUAACAAAAACCUCGACACGAGCAACACCAAUAUCCGUGCACUUACAUGUAAAGAUGACUCCACGACGCCGGAAUGGGAAUAAAAAGAACUAGUAAAAACUUGAAUUUAAACAAAUAAAACCUUGUAAAAUAACAAACUUAACCUGUGAGAUUUUUCUGGAGAUGGUGUCUCACAGUUUGAAGGCACAGGGCCAUGUCCCCAUCUAGUGUAUAUUGGCAUAGCUUCACUGAAGUAAUUGGAGUUAUGGAGAUAUACGCCAGCUGCAGAUCGGACCUGUAAUUUCUUACUUCCUCAUUUCAUAAUCUCUGGUAUAGUUAGUUGUUUGGCAUGGUAAACUCCAGUUUUGGUCCUGUCCCCAUCCUUGCUAAUUUGCAUUUUGCUAGAUUGCACACUGUGUAAUUCACACACAAAACUGUGUUGCUACACAACAUUCUAGUAAAAUUUGGGAUUUAGUGCUCAAGUGAGGUCUCAUGCUGUAAACCAGGCAAAACUCCGUCAGUACAAAUUACAGCUUUCCUUGUCUACACUACGAGUGUGGACCAGUUCAGCUACAUCAUUGGCUGGGCAUCAAUUGUUGCAGUUGGGACAAAUUUCCAAUGGAUACUACUUCUGCCAUAAUGAAAGCAUAAGCAUAUGCUUUACUGAACAGUUACACAUGUGCCACUGGAAAUAUUUCAAUUUGAUGUUAAGUCUGUAUGAUUGCACUGUAACUAGCAUCUCUAGUUAGGAAUGAAGUGGAAUUUAAAUUAUAGACCUCUACUUUUAGCAGUCUGAUAAUUUUCCCAAAUAAAAUGAGCUUUUGGGCUUAGAUUCCUAAUGGUAGCCUUCACUUCAGAAGUUGCUUUUUUCAGAAUUUUUAAAGGAAAACUGCAGAGUUGUUUGGAGUGAUCCCAGCAUGAAGAAACAUUGUU